AUGGUGGCGAUCAUGGCAAGUUAGAAGUUUUCUGACUCCUCUCGGAGGAGACUCCGGGACCCCGGGGAGUAACAGGUGUCUGAAGGGUGGGGGGGCUCCUGGACUUGGGGUUCGCUUGUGAAACUCCCCUCCACCCUCCUCUCUCGCGCCCACCCCCUCACCCCCUUCUUUUUCUGUCCUUGGAAAAUGGUGUCCAAGCUCACGUCGCUCCAGCAAGAACUCCUGAGCGCCCUGCUGAGCUCCGGGGUCACCAAGGAGGUGCUGGUCCAGGCCUUAGAGGAGUUGCUGCCAUCCCCGAGUUUCGGGGUGAAGUUGGAGACGCUGCCCCUGUCCCCCGGGAGUGGGGCCGACCCGGACACCAAGCCUGUGUUCCAUACUCUCACGAACGGCCACGCCAAGGGCCGCCUGUCUGGGGACGAGGGUUCCGAGGACGGGGACGACUAUGACACCCCUCCCAUCCUCAAGGAGCUGCAGGCGCUCAAUACCGAGGAGGCGGCCGAGCAACGGGCGGAGGUGGACCGGAUGCUCAGUGAGGACCCCUGGAGGGCUGCCAAAAUGAUCAAGGGCUACAUGCAGCAACACAACAUCCCCCAGAGGGAAGUGGUCGACGUCACAGGUCUGAACCAGUCACACCUCUCUCAGCAUCUCAACAAGGGCACCCCCAUGAAGACCCAGAAGCGAGCAGCCCUCUACACCUGGUACGUCCGAAAGCAACGGGAGAUCCUCCGACAAUUCAACCAGACAGUCCAGAGUUCUGGAAAUAUGACAGACAAAAGCAGUCAGGAUCAGCUGCUGUUUCUCUUUCCAGAGUUCAGUCAACAGAGCCAGGGGCCUGGGCAGUCCGAUGACGCCUGCUCUGAGCCCCCCAACAAGAAGAUGCGUCGCAACCGGUUCAAAUGGGGGCCCGCAUCCCAGCAAAUCUUGUACCAGGCCUACGACCGGCAAAAGAACCCCAGCAAGGAAGAGAGGGAAGCAUUAGUGGAGGAGUGCAACAGGGCAGAAUGUUUGCAGCGAGGCGUCUCCCCCUCCAAAGCCCACGGCCUGGGCUCCAACCUGGUCACUGAGGUCCGUGUCUACAACUGGUUUGCAAACCGCAGGAAGGAGGAGGCAUUCCGGCAGAAGCUGGCCAUGGAUGCCUACAGCUCCAACCAGACGCACAACCUGAACCCCCUGCUCUCCCACGGCUCUCCCCACCACCAGCCCAGCACCUCUCCUCCAAAUAAGCUGUCAGGAGUCCGCUACAGCCAGCAGGGAAACAAUGAGGUCACUUCCUCCUCAACAAUCAGUCACCAUGGCAACAAUGCCAUGGUGACCAGCCAGUCUGUUUUACAGCAAGUCUCUCCAGCCAGUCUGGACCCUGGCCACAAUCUCCUCUCACCUGAUGGUAAAAUGCAGAUCUCAGUCUCAGGAGGUGGUCUGCCCCCCGUCAGCACCUUGACGAAUAUCCACAGCCUGUCCCACCAUAAUCCCCAGCAAUCUCAAAACCUCAUCAUGACCCCCCUCUCUGGAGUCAUGGCCAUUGCACAAAGCCUCAACACCUCCCAAGCACAGAGCGUCCCCGUCAUCAACAGUGUGGCUGGCAGCCUGGCCGCCCUGCAGCCUGUCCAGUUCUCCCAGCAGCUACACAGCCCUCACCAGCAGCCCCUCAUGCAGCAAAGCCCCGGCAGCCACAUGACUCAGCAGCCCUUCAUGGCGGCCGUGACUCAGCUACAGAACUCCCACAUGUACACACACAAGCAGGAACCCCCCCAGUAUUCGCACACAUCCCGGUUUCCGUCUGCGAUGGUGGUCACGGAUACAAGCAGCAUCAGUACGCUUACCAACAUGUCUUCCAGUAAACAGGCCCUCUGAAUUCAGGAAAUUGUCUCUUAAUCAAAAUACUUGGAGAUGCUCUCUGAGCAUCUGGCCCCCAAAUGGCGUCUCCCCUCCACUGGACAGAGUGGCCAGCCGACCUUGAAGCUGCAUGAACAGCCCUCUAGAACCACCGUGAAGUUGUCCCUAAGUCCCUGGAUAUUCCAGGAGUCUGGUAGUAGACUCAUUUCUGGGAUGAUAAGAAGGAUGAUCACACUGAGAAUAAAACUAUUCACAUAGCAUUUUAUGUUUACACUUCUCAUGAACAGGAUCUCAUCAUUUCUUUUUAUUGAAACUUCCUUAGUACAAAGGAAUGAACUGAGGCUCAGAGGUGGAGAGUGACCUUCCCAAGGUCCAACUUCUAGAGCUGGACCUUUAGACUCUGGGCUUUGGCUCUAAAUCCUAGACUCCUUCCACCUAAACAAUAUUUGUCUUCCAAUAUCCAUCUCUAAAAUACCCAUGGUAUUUGCUGCUGUUGUGGAGUUAACGGUCAGGAACAAGGGUAAAAUCUAGCCCACGUAGGUGUUCCAAUCAGGAAACUUCCUUCCUACAAACUGAAGAAGAGGAAGCGGGGGGAGGGGGAAGGGCAGAACGAAGUCAAGUGAGGAUACAGGUGCUGCCUCCUGACGGCAGAAAGAACCAAGGUGAAGAAAAUUUGCACUAACUCUGUUCCCAAGGCAAAGGGUCAGAAAUGAGUUCCGGUGGCAAUUCUGCUUUCUCUUUGUUUUAAAGUAUUAUUUUCCAAAAGGAGUUUUAAGACCAUUGCUGGGAGUUGGGGGCACAUGGUGUGAGGAGGGGAAGAUCCCUUGAUUAUAAGUAUUGGGUGAACAGCUGGGUUAAAGUUAGACACCACAAGGCGGGGCUUCUCCGAAUCUUUCACAUGCUGCUGUGUGCCUCGAAUGGGGCCAUUAGUGUGCACAGAAGCUCCGGGCAGAGGGACACCUCCUGGGCAGUGCUACUGUAGAAGCACCCCAGAGUUCUAGGAAAACCCAGCAGCCUUGCAUUAAUCCUGGUUCCUUCCCCACUCGCCAUGUGACCUUGGGCAGUUGAUUCACCCUGCGAGACCACUUCUGUGUCUCUAGUGGAGAAAAUCCUACCCACCCCCCACCACAGGAUCUUCAAAGUGUAGGAGACAGUGUCUGGUACAUGGUCAAGUACUCAGAGUGCUAACCCCCUGUUUCUCCUUGCCACCUGUGAUCCUUUAGGAGAUACUUUCUAUCGACUUCUUCAAAAUGUAACUCACUGAACUACAUGGGGUCAAAGGAGGUUCACUCCCAGGAUAAAAGCAAAUAGAGCAGGGAAUGCCUUUGUGCUUAGCCAAAUGCCUGGGCUAUAGUAGACAUUCAGUAAAUAUGAGUGAGUGAGUGAGUGAGUGAGUGAAUGAAUUCAGAACUAACAUUUUUUGAGUGCCUCCCAUUUCCAUAGCAGCACUCCGGGUGCUUUUCCAUUCUUACCUUUUGUGGCCAACCUUCCCCCCCCACCCAUUCUGCGAGGCCGACUUACAGCGCAAAACACUGAGCUUCGGAGGUGGGAUGGGAUCUGGCCAAAUUCACACAGAUGAUGAACCUGGAACUCGACUUCCAGACUACUGGUCUUCUCACUCCAAAUCCAUUAGGCAAUGCUCUCCUUCUAAUAUCCAUUUUUAAGCACUCAUAAAAAUGACCCGAGGUUAUGUAGGUAGAAGGCUAAAACCAGGAUUUGAACUUGUAUCUGAUCCCAGUGUUUUCCAUUGUCAGGACAGACGUGCCCCAGGGCCUUGUGGAUCACAUUUCAGGAAUCUCAGGGUGGGACUGUCUCACCUGCAGCUCCUGCCCUCCAUCCUUUCCAGAGCUUAUGCCUCCCCCUCCUCCUCAACCUUGGGUGCUGGCGAGUUACCAUGCAAGUGGGUCUGUGCCUGAGCUCCUGCAAAACAAUGCCCCGCCAGUCUGGAAACCAGACCGCAGCAAGCAUCGACCUUGGUUAGAACAAGUGUGGGCAGGCUGAGAGCCAAAUCCUGUUUCCACAACCUCUGUGCCUACAGCUCCACUUCCUAGUUUAUAGAGAGGUCAGGAGAGGGUCCCCAGAGCAGCCACCAGUCAGGGGUGCUGACAGGGAGGUGGACAGCCUUGCCAUAAAUCCCUGGCAACUAUUCCACAGCUUCCAACCGUCUCUGCUGGUGGUCAGCCAGUAUGGUGUGAUGAUUAAGAGCACCGACUUGGGAGUUAGGCAGACCCAGGCCCAAGAUUCUAUCACCUUCUACCUGGGUGACCUCAGGCAAAAGUCCUAGCCUCUCUGAGCUCCGGUUUCCUCAUUUGUAACAUGAAAAUAAUGAUUCCUCUUCUGGACGGUCAUUAAAAAGACUGAAUGCUAUAAAUCUUGUAAAAUACCUAGCUUGGUGCUUGGCCCAGAACACCCAGCCCAUGGCGGCUGGGGUGAACUUGGCCUCCCCUGCUGGCAACCCUGAGGAAGGAAGACUGUAAGUAGCAUUUAUUUCUCCGUGGCCUCCCUGUGACCACACUCAGAAGGUAGAAGGAAAUAACCUUCCUCGUGUUUAAGAGCAUAGACUUUUCUGUUGUGAGACCCUGGGCAAGUUAUUUAUAAUCUUUCUAGGCCUCAAUUUCCUUGAAGUAUAAUCAUUACUUCUAAUUAAUGGAGCCAUAAUUAAUCUAACUUAAUAACAGCAAGAAGUUAUCUGUACUCACGGUCCCUACUUCCUCACCCCCAGUUCUGUCUUACGGCUAUUCCUGAUGGGCAUUUGUCCUGACACCACAUUAGAACCUCUCCGGUCCAGCUCACAAGUACCGCCAUAUUGUCAAACCCAAUGGGGACUUUCCGACCUCUGCCUCUGACACAGCUGAUCCUCCCUCCUUUUUUCACUUGGUUUCUGGAAUGAUACCCAUUCCUGGUUCUCCCCCACUGUGGCACUCCUCAUUUCCAUAGCUGGCAGCUUGUUUUCCCAACAUUUUGUUGUUGGAGGGCCCUAUCACUCAUUCUCUUCUGUGUUCACUCCUGGGUGAUCCCCAAUCCCAUGGCUUUGGAUCAAGCAUACACACUGAUGGAUCGUGUACUUCUGUCUCCAGUACAGACCUCUCCCUUGAGUGGCCCAUUCACAAAGCCGGUGCAGCUCGGGCAUGUACAUGCAAAUGCCCGGUGUAUCUGACAAGCCUCACCAAAAUAGGAACUCUUCAUUUUGCCCGUUUCUCCCUACUCGCACUGCUUCGUCCUGGGGCUCCUCCGUUUCCAGAAAUAGUAACCAGUUAUUCAGGUGAGGUACCUGGGAGUCUCCUUGAUUCUUCUCUGCGUGCCCUACAACCAGUCCAUGGAUAAGCUCUGCAUCCCACAUCUGAGCACUUCUCACUCCCCACCAGUCCAGCCCCUGCUCUCACUGAUGCCCUGCACUGGCCCCAGCUUCCCACUCCUACGUCCACUCCUGCCCCACGAUGGUGGUUACUGUCUGUUCACUACACAGCAGCCAGAAUGAUCUCUUAAGAGGGGAAACCAAUCAUGUCACCCCCACCCGCGUCAAAACUCUCCAAUAGUGUCCCAUUGCAACCAAGCUGAAAUGGAGGCUUCCAAGGCCUCCUGCCGUGUAAUCAGCCCCCUGCCGGCCCUGCCCUUCUCACUUCCUUCCUCUCCUCCCUCUUUCACCCGGCUUCAGCUGAACCAGAAUUGAAGUGAUCUCGCUUCAGGACUUCUGCAUUUGUGGUCUCUUCUGCCCCCCAAAUUCCAUAAUGCACAUCUUUUCAUGCUUGCUCCCUCAUUUCAUUCAGCUCAAAUGUCACCACCUCCAGGAGGCCCCUCCUGAUUCCCCUCUAUAAAUUAUUCCCUUUGCCUUCAAAUCACCCUAACCUGUCAUCAUGCUUAUAUGUCUACAGAGUGUUCAUCUCCAUCUGAAAUUUCAUUUUGUGCACAUAUGUACAAUAUGUAUACACAUGUGUGUACACAUACAUAUAUACUCAUUCACUUUAUUGUUCAGAUCUCUCUCUAGAAUAUAAACUCUGUGAGGGUGUGGACAGGGUCUUAUUUGUGGCUGCAUCCCCUGUGCCUAAAAAAGUGCUAAGUAUGUAGAAGACAUUCAAAAAUGUAUUAAAUGAAUGAAUAUAAUUACCUGCUUCAAAGGGUUGAUGUGUGAAUCCAAUACAAUGAUGUGAGUAAAGUCCUUCCUUAGCACAGUGCCUGGUACACAGUGGGACCUCGAUAAACGUUAGCUCUUACCAUACAUAAUCACCACAGCUACCACCCCUUUCAGAGGGAGGUUCCCUCAGAUCCUCUGGGCAAGGCCCCCGAGGGGCUGGGUGUGCCAGGCCUUGGUUCUGAGGGACCACAGCACACCCCUUAUCAGCUGUUUGUGUUUAGACUCUGAAGGGGACAAAUAACUCUAGUUCCUUUGACAACAUUUAGGGCUCUGCCACCAUUUUAUUAUGUGAGCAAACAUUUGAUAGCUGGGAAGCCCAUCCCUAAUGACAGGUCAUAGAAUCUCGCUGGCGUCUCCUUAUCUGCCCUUCUUGUUUGCUCUUCUAUUGAAACCUGCAAGGUCACAAGCCAUUUUCUCUCUCCUUCCCUGAAAUCUGAAAAUUGGAAAAGGGCUGAUAGUGGGAAGUAAAGAGACUCAAAAGUGGGGGCGGGCGACGGGAGGAAGAGGAGGCAAAGGGUAUCAGAGGACCCUGACAAGGGCCUCAAGAAUUUAAAAGGGUCAGAACCGGUCCCUUCAAAUGAAUGCACAGCUCAGUCGCAUUCUGAAGAGGGCUCGAGGGCCGCACGGACUAGGGCACCACCACCCUGUGUAGCCCAGUGUUAAUUCUGAACACUUCCCAUGUAUCGGCUCACCCGAUCCCUCUACAACUUCCAUUUUACAGAUGAAAAAACUGAGGCACAAAGAGAAUACCUUGACCAAGAGCACAAAGCCAGUAGAAGACUCUUAACCUCAGAGCAUAAUAGAAAGAACAUGUGCCAGGAGGGUACCCGGAACCAGUUUGAAUUUCUGUCUCUAUGCUGUCCUAGUUCUAAAACCCUGGACAAUUCAUUUUCUUUGAACUCGUCUUCCUAAUCUGUAAAAUGGGCAUAAUGGCAACCUCAUACAGGAUUAUGGCUGGGAGCACUGAUUUAUGAGAUAAUAAUGGGAUAAUAGGCCUUUCGUAGUAACGGUAGGGGGGGCUGUGCGUGUGUGUGUGUGUGUGUGUGUGUGUGCGCGCGCGCGCACGCACACUUAUGUGUGCUCCUGAGUGUUUAGGGAAGAGUCUUUAGAGAAAGAGCCAUUAAGUCAAAAGGCAGAACUUUCCCUUAGAUGCCCAAACAAGUGAAAGGGAAAGAAGAGACAGAGGGAAGCAAAAAGGGCCUCCCUGGAGGGAAAAGGACAGGAAUGGUGUGCCAUGACGGUUGAAAUGAAUGAGGCCGAGGGCUCUGGAAGGGGUGACUCCUCUCAGGGGGUUUCUCCAUCUGUUCUGGGGUCUCCUGCCCUCGUCUGGGCAUCAGAGGCCUUCAGCCCAGGUCUCUUGUCCUAUUAGGAGCAAGCCUACAGAGAGCACUUUCCCACACUCCUUCCCUGAUGGGUCGUUUGAGCAAGUGGCCAUUUUCUCAUGUGCUCAAGUAGAUCGGCAGCAUUGGCACAAUCUGGGAACUGAUUAGAAAUGCAGGUUCUUAGGUCCACCACAGGCCCACUCCAUCAGAAUACGCAUUUUCACGGGAUGUCUGGUAUUCUUAGGUCCAUUGAAGUUUGGGGAUCAAUGGUCUAGGGGACCCCAGCCCUUAGAGGUCUUAGGAACAGGACCCUGACUUCCACGAGAGGCAAAAAGCUCCUGUCCAGCUGCCAUUGCACCCACACUGAGCACAUCGUAAAACCCACUCUCAGGGCACCUGGGUAGAAGCUUCCAACUUCGGCUCAGGUCAUGAUCUUGCGGUUUGUGACUUCGAGCCCCACGUCGGGCUUUGUACUGACAGCUCACAGCCUGGAGCCUGUUCAGAUUCUGUGUCUCCCUCUCUCUCUGCCCCUCCCCCCUCUCAAAAAUAAACAAACAUUAAAAUAAAAACCCACUCUCAAAGAAAGAGGAGCUUGACUCCAGAAUAAAGGUCAGUGAGUUAUGAUUAAUUCAAGGUCCCCAGCAAUUCACUUCUCUCUUCUGAAGUGGCCAGAAGAUCUGGCUCCCGAGUGUUCCUAAAGGGAGUGUGCUUCAGGACCAACACUGUGGCAUCGAGCAGGCACUAGGUCCUUGGCCCUUUGCUGGCUGACUUGGGUCUCAGCUCCCCUGGAGAAGACAAACCAAGGGCCAUUGUCCCCGCUAACUGCACACGGCUGAGCUCUCUCUGCUCUCU